AUGUCCGAAUCAACCUAUAUUCAGGAAAUCAACAUAUCAUCCGAUACGACCCAUUACCGAGUUGCAGUCCAUUGGAACAAGUCGAAGGAUGUCGAAGAUUGGAAAGUACUCUCCAUUGUACGAUACAAACCAUUCUGGAUUCAUGCUCAGCUCCAUCAGACCCUCGCAUCCCAUCCUCACCUCGCAUCCCACUUACUCCUACUCAAAUCGAGAGACGGACCUUCCACAUUGGUGGUAUAUCCAAUCUCAACUUUGACUGUCAACCAUGUAUUGCUCGUUGAAGAUGGAAAGAUCAAAUCUAAUGUGAAUAGAGUACUCCCCACCAGUAAAGAAGAGAAGGUCUGGGUAGUAUGCUAUGAAGCUAUAGGACCUAUCGAAGAAAGAAGAUCAGUGAGUAAAGUAGUCGAUAUUGCAAGAGGUUUAGUAGGCUCGACCGCAAGUGAUGAUGACGAAGGGAAGGGAAAAGAGGAGAGUGAUGAUUUGUGGGAUGGGUUGGGGAUAUGUACAUGGGAGAGUUUCUUCGAUAAAGAUGGGAAACGGAUUCGACCAACUAAAGAUCUUCUUCUAUCCCUCAUUCCGUCCGACUUGCCUAUCAAGACAUUCCUGAUUGAUGAUGGAUGGCAAGAUACCCUCUCUACUUCCACUCAUCGACGACUUAUGUCUUUCAAGCCUUAUGAAGACUUUGGAGGGACUCUGAAAGAGGUGGUAGAUGCUAUCAAAGAUAGUGGAGUAGAGAAAGUCGGAGUAUGGUUAACCCUCCAAGGAUAUUGGGAAGGUAUACAUCCUUCUUCAACACUCAUUGAGACAUACGACUGUGUAGAGUAUCAGAAAGGAAAGCCGAAUGGAGGUUUGGAAGAUGAAGGACAGCCGGAUGGAAAUAGUAUUUGGCUGCCUCCUCCUCACGAGGCGAGGAGGUUCUGGGAUGAUUGGUUUGGACAGUUGAAAGAGGCUGGAAUCAAUUUUAUCAAGUGCGAUAAUCAAGCGGAUUCAGAGAUGGCGAUUGACCCAAGAGGGUUCCACGCUCAACAAUCCUUAUGGUCCACAAUGCUUGAUUCGGCUCAAAGUCAUUUUGGUAUACGGGGAGUUAUCAUGUGUAUGGCGCAGAAUGAGAGGAUGUUGAAUGGUCCUGGCGGAUUGAACUUUGAUAGACCAAAAGGAGAUUUGGUGUUCCGUAACUCUGAUGACUUCAAUAUGAAUUACUCCAACACCCACCCGGAUCACACCCACUUCAACACUUAUAACACUAUCCUCACCUCGCAUCUAUGCUUGAUACCGGAUUUCGACAUGUUUGCAUCUUCACCUUCCAAACUACUGCCCAUAUAUCAUGCUCUUCUUAGAGCACUUGGUCCAGGUCCAAUCUUGUUAUCAGACACACCUCAGAAUCCCUCUGAUACGCGACUGAUAUCCAAGCUUCUCGCUACAACCAAGGAUGGUAAGAAGGCGGUGAUCAAAUCACCUCGUCCGGUACAGGUGUUGAGUAAUAGAUGGUUCUUGGACAAUCUCAAAGGUAACACUGAUGGUCCUGCAUUAGUCGCUGGAACCAGGUUUGAUGAAGGGGUAGGAGGACUGAUAGGAGUGUGGAACGUGCAUGAUCACUCGCCCAGUGCAAUUGCGAAAGAUAAAAUCACUUGGAGGGAUAUUGAAGAUCUGUUGGAUCUAGAGGAGAAUGAUGCCAGUGAAUAUUGUUUGACUACACCUAUGAGGUUAUCAGCAAUAGCGGACGGAAUCACUACAGGUCGUAUUGUGACUUCAAGUAAUGGUGGGAGCUUUGAGGUUGGAUUGAAGAAAGGUGAAUGUGAAUUAGUAUGCGUUAGUAAGCUCUACUCAUUUGAGGGAUUUAAAGUGGGGUUGGUGGGAUUGAAGGAUAAGUUUGCUUGUAUGAGUGGAUUAAUGGAUAUCAAAGUGGAUCAAAAGAAAAAUACACUUGAGUUCACUUCGAAAUACAUCUCAGAGGUAAUCACCCUGAUCGUCAUUCGACAUCAACCCAUUCAAAUUGAGGGGACAAGCGUGCAUCUGUACGUCGAUGAUGUUCCUGCUCACUCCACUCGAGAGGUUGCGUCGGAUGAUGGAAGGAAUGGUGCAAUACAUUUGGUAGAUUUCGAUAUUCCCGAGAAGGUCUCGUCGGGAACUGUCAGUGUAAAUGAUGAAGGUGGACUUUGGAAAAUACAAGUUGUAGGUCUGACUUGA